AUGCGGGGGCCGUGCUCGAUGCAGACCUCAGGGCCGUGGCAUACCGCUCUCGCUCUCCUUCCUCUCCUCCUCUCUUCCCUCCCUCUCUCCUACUGCGACUCCUUCUCCUUCGUCAAGGCUGAGGGUAAGGAUAUCUGCGCUGGAAUCAAGGAGUCAUGCACGACAACAAACGACUGUACUGUCGCAGCAUACGGACCAUGCUCUGCUGCAAGCCCCGGCCCCUCAGCCUACGUCACUCUGACACCCUUCAUGCUCGGAUGGAUCCACGACCUCAACACCUACAGCACAGACAGCAGCAAAGUAACCUCGAUCGGAGGUUUGCCUAACAUCAACAACGGCUUCCGAGACUCGUCGCCAAACGUAGCAGUGGGUUCAGCGGCAUACGCGUACAUGACGACAGGAGCUCUUGUGGGGACAGACAAGACGAGCGCAGGCUACAUCGGCACGAUUAACGCAAUCAUGACCAAAGGAGAUGUCAGCACGAAAACAAUCCCUGUGAGCUUCAACACCGUUGACGACAUCCCAUCAGAUCACUCCACGAAACUCAAAGUCGACAUGUGUGUCACAGCGACUUCGAACAAGCAAUGCUCGGGAAGCGAAGUGUCCUUCUUCUCGGGAGACAUCGCAUUCAUGACGUACGGUGGGACCAUGGGGAGCAAUUUCAUUCCACAUCCCUUCGCCAAGAACAUUUUUGUCAGGUACACGAUGACUGUUGUGGAUAGCAACAAGACAUCAGCAGGCAUGACGUUCAACACUCAGUCGAAGAAGCUCUCUGAGAUGAGCAACGUCGAGGUCAACGACAUCACCUUCACUCUAGGCGGCAAGAUGAUCUCCUUGGAGCUAAGCAAGGCGUUCAACGCAGCGACUUUUUCGGUUGCUGGAACCACGGUCUCGCUCUCGAACCACACGACCGGCACUGUGCAGAUCAGAGUGAGCGCUGUCCCUGGAGACGCCAUGUCGGCAUACUUGGACGUCAUCUUUCCUGCCGCUUACUUGCAAACGGCCAACCAGAUCGUCUUUUACGGGUCUGCCGGCGUCGCUGGAAGAAGAGCAGAGAGCCCUGGGUACUCUCGAUGGCUUGUCACAGCACCUCCUGCUUCUCCUUCUUCGCCCACUGAGCAGCCCCAGGCUGCUAGCCCAGCUACAACCCCCAAAGCUUCCGAGUCGUUGAGCUCAACAACUAUCGCGAGUGCUACCGGCUCUAUGGUGUGCAGUAUGUUCACGAUGAUGCUUGUGAUGUACUUGUCUUCGCGCGCUUUGUAG